AAGACAUGUAUCUCAACAGUGGGCGUCAAUAGGCCUAGACACAAAGUACAUUUCGUGGGAGUUAUUAAGUCAGCAAAUAAACAAAUAAUAUAAUGUAGUCGUACAAAUCCAUUGUUAGCACAAAUAGUGGUUCCAGCCUUCACUCAUCUAAGAAUUUCUCAAGCGCAUGAUUUUUUCAAUGAAUAAAGAUGACAGUUUAUCGAUUUUAUUCGAGCCAAUAGAUUGCUGUUCUUAAUCGGGAUGAAGGAUAGGAAACUAGUAACACCACUGGUCUCGAUAUCCAUGACGUAGUAGAAACAAUCAGCCAAUGAAAUUAGUAUUGACAAAAUGUAAUACACCUUUGCUUCAGCUCAGUUACAUAUUGUAUUCUUGAAAUGUGCCAAUCGCGGCAAUAUCAAACUCUGUAGAUAGUACAGGCGACAUGUCCGACCACACUGGAACAUACGUACCUGACCCGGACUUGGAAUUAGAAGAAAAACUGAAACGGCUGACCACGGUAAAACAUCACAGUCUGUCACAAAACGGUGGCGAUUUGGCUUCGACUGACCUGUCUCAUGGGCAUGAUGAUGAUGGGGUCAAUAAUAUUAAUACCUUGAUACCCAAAACGAAAGUAAAAACCAAGCCUCACGAUGAAUGUGAACAGACGUUGCACAUCUCUGAGCAUUAUAAGUCGAUUUUAAUUGGACUUGGUGAAGACCCAUCUAGGCCAGGUCUUGUAAAAACACCAGAGAGGGCAGCGAAGGCAAUGCUGUUUUUCACCAAAGGCUACAAAGAAAACAUACCAGAUAUUCUAAAUGAUGCAAUAUUUGAUGAAGACCAUGACGAGAUGGUCAUUGUGAAGAAUAUUGAGAUGUUCUCUUUAUGUGAACACCACCUGGUGCCUUUUAUGGGAAAGGUAUCUAUUGGUUACCUUCCUAACAAAAGAAUACUUGGAUUAAGUAAAUUAGCAAGAAUUGUUGAAGUAUUUAGUCGUAGAUUACAAGUGUGUGUUACAGUUCAAGAAAGACUAACGAAGCAGAUAGCUGUUGCCAUAACUGAAGCGAUACACCCAGAGGGUGUGGGAGUCGUUAUAGAAGCCACUCACAUGUGCAUGGUGAUGCGAGGCGUCCAGAAGCUGAACAGCAAGACCGUGACAAGCACAAUGCUGGGCGUGUUCCGACAAGACCCCAAGACGAGGGAGGAGUUUCUGUCCCUUAUUCACAACUCCAUGUGACGAGGUCAACCAUCAAUAAUCACACUCUUGUUAAUGGUUCCUUAUUGAUCUACGGGGGACACCUGUUAAAGCAUAAUCCUGCUUCCUCCAGUAGGAGUUAAUAGCUGUAUUGUUGUAUACUUAGUUAACAUUCAGUAGCUUUGUCUGCAUGGCUGCAAAUAGACCAUGGAGCUGAUUUCUUACUUCAUUUUGACACUCGCUAAAUUAACAGAUUAUUGUUGCUUGUUGGUAAUGGAAAUGGUGUUAAUUAAAGCAGACCUGUGUUAUUAGCAGUAGCUCUGUCAUUUUGAUUUUUUAUUUGUCUUUUAAUUUGUCCAGUGGGUCGAGAAUAAUAUUGGCAGAUGUACUUUUGUUUGACCUAGUUGACGUCAUUGAUGUUCUUUAGCUUGGUGCAAUGCUUUCUGUUGACUGAUUUGAAAAAUAUAUCACUUCACUUAUGGCAUACCGGUAGAUGCAAUACGUUUUAAUGAACUUGCAUAAUUGAUAAUUUACUACUAGGAUUCACAGGUUUGAAUGAUCAUGUUUUAUCUGUCCAUUAAUAAUGCUAGACUUGAUUAAAAAAAAAAUUGUGGUUUGGUCAUUCUUAUACUGUGAAUUCUAUCUGCUGGUGAAUUUCUUAACAUUGUUUAGUUACUUUAUUUCCUAUGAUUUAAAAAAAAGAAAUAAAAAAAAACAUUUUCAAGAGGAAUUGUGCAUAAUAAAAAAAUGUAUUUAUUGACCAGGGAGCUGAUUUCAAACGGGAGAAAGAAUGUUGUAAAUAUGAACAAAAAAAAGUGAGUUUAUCUUAUUGUGAAUAAAGUUACAAAUAUAUCAAUUUGAAGAAGUACCGGUAUGCAAGUAAUCAUGUUAUUUGUGGAUGCAUUUUGCAACUAUUGUUUUUUUAUAUAUAUAUUUUAACAUGAUGGGUAUUUAUUCCUUGUUGAAAUUAUAAUAAUUUUUAUUGUUUUAUCAAUGUACAGUUUUGUUGGAUGUUUAACAACUCCUUUUGUAGUUCAAAUAUUUUAAGCAGGAAAAUAAAAUAAAAGAUAUUCAAAGCAGAAGAAUGUCUACUAAAUAAACUAAAAUAAAAUUAAUAUAUACAUGAAGUGGCAAAAUUAAUCAAACUGUUAAUAUAAAAAGUCUCUACAGGCUGAGUGGCCACUAAACAUGGUGGUGUUCUAAAUAAAUAGGUGAAUUUGUAGGACUAUAAUUAUUCUUGUUAACGGUAAAGUAAACUCAAACAAGAGAUUUAUGUGUUGGAAAGAUGCAUACCCAGACCACCAACACAUACUGACACUUUAACAAAUGAAAAACGUGUAAUUUUAGAGUUAAUAAAAAAACAUGAUUAU